AACGGAAACAGGAGAUUGUCCCCUUAGCUACUUCCGUGUGUCGCAUUCAUUUUUGUCCCCCCCUCAAAAUGGCGAACCUUGCCGCUGCUGCUGCCGCCGCUGCCGCCGCGGCUGCUAAUAGAGACCCAGCCGUCGACCGUUCAUUACGCUCAGUGUUUGUGGGGAAUAUUCCUUAUGAAGCAACCGAAGAACAGUUAAAAGACAUCUUCUCAGAAGUCGGACUUGUUGUCAGCUUCAGGUUAGUGUAUGACAGGGAGACUGGCAAACCAAAGGGAUAUGGCUUCUGUGAGUAUCAAGACCAGGAGACUGCACUCAGUGCCAUGCGGAACCUCAACGGCAGAGAGUUCAAUGGUCGCGCUCUGCGUGUUGACAACGCCGCCAGUGAGAAAAACAAGGAAGAGCUUAAAAGUUUGGGAACUGGAGCGCCCAUCCUUGAGUCUCCAUUUGGGGACAGCGUGGCACCAGAGGAGGCGCCCGAGUCCAUCAGCCGGGCUGUGGCCAGUCUGCCACCUGAACAGAUGUUUGAACUAAUGAAACAGAUGAAGCUGUGUGUGCAGAACAGUCCUCAGGAGGCGAGGAACAUGCUGCUGCAGAACCCUCAGCUGGCGUACGCCCUGCUGCAGGCCCAGGUAGUCAUGCGCAUCGUGGAUCCAGAGAUCGCGCUGAAAAUGCUCCACCGCCAAACCACAACCCAGCCGCUCAUCUCGAGCGGACAAGGGGGAGGAGCACCGCCGGUCAAUCCGCCACCUGCCCUGCCCAACAUGGCGGCCCCACAGCAACAGCCUGUGGUUGGGAUGCACGUGAAUGGAGCGCCUCCGAUGAUGCAGCCUCCCAACAUGGGCGUCGUCCCUGGACCUGGACCUGGAGCCGGGCCGGCCCCGGGACCCGCCGGCCCUCCAGGAAACCUUCAGCAUUCCCCCACAGGAUCGUCUGCACAAGCCGCAAUCGAUCGGCCUCAAGGAGGGGGCGGCAUCCCCCCCAGAGGUCUGCUGGGCGACGGCCCCAACGAUCCCCGAGGGGGCAGCCUGCUGUCGGUCACGGGAGACACCAUCGAGCCCAACCGAGGCUACAUGGGAGCGCCUCCGCCCCACGCCGCGCCACCAGUGCACAUGGGCCCGAUGGGAGGCGGACCGCCGCCCGACAUGAGAGGACCACCGAUGGACAUGAGGGGGCCGCCCAUGGGAGAGCCGCGAAAUAUGAUGGGUGACCCCAGAGGGCCCCCUAUGAUGGAGCAGCGGGGACCCCCCAUGGAAACCCGAGGCCGCGAUCCCAGAGCGAUGGACCCCCGCGGCCCCGUGGCGGGCCAGAGGGUUCCCAUGGUGGUAGGAAUGCAAGGCGCCAUCCCGCACAACAUGGGGCCCAACCCAGCCCUCGCCACACGGCCGGGUCCCGGUAUGCCAGGAGUUCCUCCGUCGGGAGCAGGCGGAGGCGGCAGCGGCUUCAGCCCGGGACAGAACCAAGUUUCUACACAGGACCAGGAGAAGGCCGCCCUGAUCAUGCAGGUUCUGCAGCUGACCCCGGAACAGAUCGCCAUGUUGCCCCCCGAGCAGAGGCAGAGCAUCCUCAUCCUCAAAGAACAGAUUCAGAAAACCACUGGCGCACCUUGAUCGAUUAUGGACUUGCAUUCUGGCCUCAACCUGAAGUUGUGUCAUCAUUAGUUUGGAUAAAUGUAUAGUUUUCUUUUUAUGGAGUCCAAAAAAAUGUGUACACAAGCAUCACCACAUCAUCCUUUUAUUUGUCCCCAUCGCUCAUCAAUAAUAAUAAAAAAAAAAAAAAGUUACAAAAAAACUUGAGCAUUUUAUUUCUUUCAGUGUAAAGACAACAGUAAUGCAAAUAUAAUUCUUCAUUUAAAAAGGAGUUUCAACACGACUGCCAUUGGCCAGAGUGGAUCGUUAAUCACACGCCGCUCGACUUUUCCCUUCUUCCUCCUCACUUCGGAGUCGGAUGCUUUUACAGCAAGUUUUGUUUCGCAGUAACUGUGAGGGUGUGAUCAUUCAUUCAUAGCUCUUUAGAAAUAAAUGCUCGUAUUUACAAAAAGAAAGU